AUGUUGAACAGCAAGCAGAAGGACAUAGUAGUGAGAAUACUAUCGCUAGCAACAACAAAGAAGACGAGUGGUGGUAGGAUGUUCUUUGUGUACGGCAAAGCUGGAUGUGGUAAAACGUUCACAUUCAAUGUGUUGAUUCAUGAGCUUGAAAACAGGGGUUUGUCUGUACUUGCGGUUGCUUCUACUGGUAUCGCAGCUACACUGCUUAAGAACGGUCGUACUGCACACAGCACUUUCUCACUGCCCUUGAAGCGAUUAACCGAGAAUUCUGUCGCGAAUGUGGAUGCAGCAUCAUUGCAGGGUCGCAUGUUGCGCACAGUGGAUGUGAUAAUUUGGGAUGAGAUAUCAAUGCAAAGCCGUUUUGCCGUUGAGUGUGUCGAUAGACUUCUCCGUGAUGUUGCUGCUCCAGAGAAUAGAGACCAACCAUUUGGAAGCGUUGUGAUGGUUUUUGGAGGUGAUUGGUGCCAGUUUCUACCCGUUAUACCUGGGGCUUCCAAAAUGGAGACUAUAAAUGAGACUCUCAGAGCAAGCUACGUUUGGAAUGAACUUGAAGUGUAUGUGCUUGAUGAAAAUAUGAGACUUCGUGCAGUUCUGGUGGUUGUGGUAUAUACCGGUAUUGCGCUUUCUUCAUCUUAUUCGAUCAUAGUAUUCCCUUAG